AAGUCGCAGUUCGUGCGGUUCGCCGAGGUCUUUCCCCUGAAGGAGUUUGGGUUCACGCCGGAGCCCGGCCGGUACCUGGAGGCGGUGGGCUGGACGGAGGUGGUGGCCGGGCUGCUGCUGGCGUUCGGGCCCCAGCUCCUGCAGGAGAUCAGCAACUUCGUCCUCAGCGUCGUCAUGAUCGGUGCCAUCUACACGCUGCUGGUGCUGCGGGAGCCCCUGGCCAUGUGUGCCCCCGCCACCCUCUGCCUUGGCCUCCUCCUGCUGCUCAACAUCCGCGGGCACGCAGACCCCCCCAAGCCCAAGUUCGAGUGA